GUUCAAAAGACGCAAGACACAUCACCUUUAAGAAAACAUCUCUGCAUUCAUCAUCCAUAACUGCUUAUCCAGUAGAGGGUUGCAGUGUUUGCUUGGAGCCAAGCCAGGAAGCCCAGGGCACAAGGCAGAGAUACACCCUGGAAAGGACGCCAGCCAGUUGCAGGGCCUUAUAAGACAACAGCACUAUGCUGUUUUAUUUUGCUGUUGCUUUGUGACAGAGAAAUGAACAUUUCGCUAGAACUGGAAACAUACCAGUACUGCUAUCCAGCAGCUAAUGGGACGUGUGUUAAAAGUGGCUACUCUGGAUUUGCCAGGUUUGCCUUAUACAUGUUUUUUGCGUCGGGGAUGACCGUGACCAUCACGGGGAACCUGGUGGUCAUCAUCUCCAUCGCGCACUUCAAGCAGCUGCACACACCGACCAACAUGCUGGUGAUGUCACUGGCCCUGGCCGACCUGCUUCUGGGGGCCGUCGUGAUGCCCUUCAGCAUGAUCAGAUCGGUGGAGGGCUGCUGGUACUUCGGAGAUACUUUCUGCUCAUUGCACUCUACUUUCGACUUGUUCCUCACGUCCGUUUCAAUCUUUCAUCUGAUUUCCAUUGCGGUUGAUCGAUACCAGGCAGUUUGCAAUCCUCUGCGGUACCAUAACACAGUGACCAUUCCUGUGGCUUGGCUGAUGGUAGCGUUGAGUUGGGCUGCAGCUGCUUCUUACUCCUACAGUCUCCUUUAUUCUAAGGCUAAUGUGAUGGGCCUAGAUGAAUACAUCACUUCCAUUAAUUGCUUGGGGAGCUGCAUCCUUCUUUUCAAUACACUGUGGAGUAGCCUAGACUCUCUGAUUGGAUUUUUCCUGCCAUGUUCGGUCAUGGUGGGCUUGUACAUUAAAAUAUUUUUGGUAGCCAGACAACACGUCAGGCAGCUUGGAGGUACAAGUCAGCAGCCAUGUUUUACAGAGGGACAUGGCAACAGGAAAUCUCACAGCUCAGAGCGAAAGGCUGCAAAGACCCUUGGCAUUGUUGUAGGUGCCUUCAUACUCUGCUGGAUGCCUUUCUUUAUCAUGUCUAUACUCGACCCCUAUAUUGACUUUGCAACUCCUCCUGUUCUUUAUGAAGGGUUUGUCUGGCUGGGUUAUUUUAAUUCCACUUUAAAUCCUAUAAUCUAUGGACUGUUUUACCCGUGGUUUCAAAAGUCAUUGAAACUAAUUAUAUCAUUAAAAAUAUUUUCAACACAUUCCUCAGAUACAAAGGUUUUUCCAGAAAAUUGAUUAUUCAUUUUUCAGUAUCAUGUUUAGCAUAUGUACAUAAAUACUCUACUUACAUUCAUGCUUAAAAAUAGCAGAAAUGGCUGUUUAUUUCUUUCAGCUCUUUUAAUAUGUUUUUGGUAACAUUACAUAAUAAAGUGAAAAGAGUGUUAUUUUUUAAUCACUCUUUUCAAUUAUGCCUGCACUCUGA